AUGCCGAAAAAAUUGGACACAUAUAGGCGAUUGUGUGAGCAUGCAUAUCCAAAUCAAAAGGAUAUUCCUUGCACAGCGAAGGAGGCCAAGAUCCGGGUAUCAUCACAAAGAAAAUCAAAUGUGCACAAGAAGGAAACAUCCCAGAAAAGUUCAGAGCAAAGGGUGUGUCGUGAGGGGACUGACCUUCCUGCAGUAGGUCCUCCCCUUGAGAAGGGGUUGCCUGGGCUGGAGUCUACCUCUCUUCUUGAGGGAGUUAACACGGUUGUGGUGACAAUUUCUGCCCCGGAGGCUUUGUUGGCCUCCUGGGCCAGAACCGCAGCACGGGCCGGGUCAUCCUCGGAGGCAGUGGAAUCUCCACAGGAGAACUGUGAUGUCAGGUGGUGUGUGGUCCAUGGGAGAAGUCUCCCUGCAGACACAGAUGGUUGGGUUCACCUACAAUUCCAUGCCGGACAAGCUUGGGUGCCCGAAAAGCAGGGAGGGAGAGUGAGUGCGCUCUUCUUGCUUCCUGCCUGCAAUUUUCCACCCCCACAUCUUGAAGACAACAUGUUGUGUCCCACGUGCGUUCACAGGAACAAGGUCUUAAUAAAAAGUCCACAAUGGGAGUAG